GGGCUGGCCGGGCAUCGAGCCGGGACUCGGGGCAUGAGCCACCGAACGCCCUGCCCGACCUAUCCCCGCCAUGGAGCAGAGCUCCUGGGGUGUACGCCCCCCUGCAUCCGGGCCCGCUGGGAGCUGCCGUCUCCGCAGGCACCUGAUGCCGGCCGGCUUUGCCCUUCCCGCCGCCCAGGAACCGGCCUCGACGCCAGGAACGCACCGCGAGCAAGCCGGCCCCGGGAGCCCCCUGCACCGCGCCCCCACCACCACCAUGGGCAACAUCUUCGGCAACCUGCUGAAGAGCCUGAUCGGCAAGAAGGAGAUGCGCAUCCUGAUGGUGGGGCUGGACGCGGCCGGGAAGACCACCAUCCUCUACAAGCUGAAGCUGGGCGAGAUCGUCACCACUAUCCCCACCAUAGGGUUCAACGUGGAGACUGUCGUACAGAACAUCAGCUUCACCGUGUGGGACGUGGGCGGCCAGGACAAGAUCCGGCCGCUCUGGCGGCACUACUUCCAGAACACCCAGAAGUUGCCCACCCUCCGCCCCCCAGGGCUGAUCUUUGUGGUGGACAGCAACGACCGGGAGCGGGUGAACGAGGCGCGUGAGGAGCUGAUGCGGAUGCUGACCGAGGACGAGCUGCGGGACGCCCGUGCUCUCGUCUUCGCCAGCAAGCAGGUGGGUGCCGUCCACCCCCAGGGCCCCUCCAGCCAUGGCCGCCCUGGCACGGAGUUCUCUGCGGGCGACGUGCCUGUCGCCGUGGUGUCUGGACCUGCCCAACGCCAUGAACGCGAGGCGGAGAUCACGGACAAGCUGGGCUUGCACUCCCUGCGUCAUCGCAACUGGUACAUCCAGGCCACGUGCGCCACCAGCGAGACGGGCUCUGCGAGGGCCUGGACUGGCUGUGUAGCUGAAGAACAAGAAGUGGCCCGAGAGCCGCAACCCCUCUCCCCACCCCCUCGCAGGCUGGCAGGACCAGGGUUUCAGAAGCUGCGGCCCCUUAUCCGGCCCCAGCUUCCCUGCGUCUCCACUGGGGCAGUGCACAAAGAGCACCCCCCGCUGCUAAAUGACCACACACACCCCCGCCGAGUCACCCCGGAGCAAGAGCAAGCUCAGCAGGGCCCUGCUGGGGGCCUGG